AUGGCUAUUGGAAAUGGCUCUUUCGUGUCUGAAUUCAUUUUGGUGGGACUAACAAACCACCCAGAUUUCCAACUGUUCCUGUUUUUCCUAUUUCUAGCAAUAUAUAUGGUCACUGUGUUGGGAAACUUGGGCUUGAUAACUCUAAUUGUGCUGAAUUCCCAUCUUCACACCCCAAUGUACUUUUUUCUCAUUAACUUGUCAUUUAUAGACCUCUGUUAUUCUUCUGUUAUUACUCCCAAAAUGCUGAUCCACUUCAUAUCAAGGCCAAAUACUAUCUCUUAUAUUUCCUGCAUGAUCCAGCUCUACUUUUUCUGUUUUUUUGGCAUUUCUGAGUGUUAUGUGCUGACAUCAAUGGCCUAUGAUCGCUAUGUUGCCAUCUGUAAUCCACUCUUGUAUGACUUUGCUGUGUCCCCUAAAGUGUGUUCCAACCUUAUUUUGGGUUCAUACUUAAUUGCAUUUUCUAGUGCUAUGGCCAACACUGGAUGCAUGCUGAGACUGACCUUCUGUGAUGCCAACACCAUCAACCACUAUUUCUGUGAUGUCCUCCCUGUGCUUCAGCUCUCCUGCAUGAGCACUUAUAUCAAUGAGCUGGUGGUUUUCAUUUUGUCAGUUAUCAGUAUUAUUGUGCCUUGUAUCACCAUCUUUAUCUCAUAUGGUUUCAUUAUCUGCAGCAUCCUCCAUAUCAAUUCCACUGAGGGCAGGUCCAAAGCCUUCAGCACCUGCAGUUCCCACAUAAUGGCUGUUUCUCUGUUCUUUGGAUCAUGUGCAUUUAUGUAUCUUCAACCAUCAUCUUCCAGUUCUAAGAAUGGAGGAAAAAUCUCUUCUGUUUUUUAUACCAAUGUGGUUCCCAUGAUGAACCCCUUAAUCUACAGCUUGAGGAAUAAAGAUGUAGUAUUUGCCAUGAGAAAAACCCUGAGAAGAAGAAUGUUUUGA